UUUCAAAAGAAGGCUAAAGUACAUCUCCUGCUACAUCUUGUUGAUGACAUUGAAAGCCUGGGGCCAGCAAAUGGUUUCUGCACUGAAAGAUUUGAGGCCUUCAAUCAUUUCAUCAGAGGAUUAAAUAUAAACAGCAACAGGCAUGCAUCAAGCUUAGAUAUAUGUACAAAAUUUGCUAAGAUGGAAAGGCUUCGCUUUGUCCUAAGAGGAGGAACAUGGGGAAAAGACCACAGCUUACAAGCAUCAGAAUGCAUCAAAAACUUGGCAAAAGAACCAAAGCUGCAACAAUUUUUGGACAACAUCCCAAAGAAGGAGAGCAUGGAAGAUAAAGCAAUUUAUCACCCUGGAUGCUUAAGAAAAGGAAACUAUGACAAAGGGAAACUGCAGACAAAGCCUCUGAGUGAGUGCCUAGAACAAGUCGCAAUUGAAGCAGCUGGUCUCCCUUAUGAUACAGAAGUCACAUCCUUUAAAGCUGUUCUUAGUGAGAGGCAAACUCUUAUUAAUUCAGGUUCAGCCAUUGUAUAUGUGGAUGACCAGCAUCAGCAUCAUCUUGGUAUUUUCAAAAAAGGAAUCAAGAUCAAAAAUCCUGACCAAGAAGUUGUGGCAGUUGAGGAAGUGAGAUUCGCCAAAGAUGAAUUGGAAAACCAAAUAUUCGGAGCAUUUCAGUGUCCCAAGGUUGAACUAACUGGGCAAGUGAAAUUGUUGUCACCUCAGUGUGUUAUUGAACAAGUAUGCCUCAUCCAUGAUUGCUCUGCAGGAAGAUGUUGUUAUAAAGAGAGUCAAACAACUGUGACAGUUGAAAGGGAGGCUGUGAGUAAAGCAACAUAUAAGUUUGUUCACAACACAAUCAUUGUUACUACUUGGUGA